AUGGCUACGCUUAUUGAACUGAAUGGUGUUCAGAAGUUCGACCCUAAUGCAGAACCGUCACGGUUAAAUCAGUCUUGGAAACGCUGGCAUAGAAGUUUUGAACUGUUUGCGGUUGGAAAGGGGGUUAGUAACCCUGAACAAAGAAAAGCUUUACUGUUACAUUGUGCAGGACCAGAAGUUCAUGAUAUUUAUUAUACGCUGAAUGAAGUCCGUACAGAGCAAGAAGAUAGUGUGUAUACCGUGGCUAUCAAAACGUUAAAUAAACAUUUUGAAAACAAAGUGAAUGUUCCAUAUGAACGGUACGUAUUUCGUAAGAUAACACAAAGUGAUAAAGAAACUGUAGAACAGUUUAUAACGAAACUUAGACAGCAAACAGUAUAUUGUGAUUUUGCAAAUCAGGAUGAGCAAAUUCGGGAUCAGGUGAUUGAAAAGUGCAGGUCUCAUAAAAUCAGAGCUAAGUUGUUAGAGAAAGGAAAAUACUUAACACUGAAACAGUUGAGGACAAUAGCUGCGGCAUUUGAAAUGACAGAGGCACAGGCAAGACAUAUGGAUACCGAAUUAGUGGCAUCAAUAAAUAAAAUCCAUGGACGUGGGCCUAAAACAGAUAAACCAAAACGUACUGGUAGAUUCGAGAACAGAAAGUAUGGAAAUAAGUGUUUUCGUUGUGGACGAGAAGGACACUUAGCCAGAGAUCCAUCAUGUCCGGUAAAAGAUGAGGAAUGCAGGAAAUGUGGGAAUGUGGGACACUUCAUGAGCUGCUGCUUAACGAAGCCUAAACAAGGAAAACGUAUGGCACUGAAAUCUCAGAGAGGAGGACAGAUUCAUACAGUAGAGUUGGAAUCUGAUUCAGAUGUGUUUGCAUUUAUUCUGAAGACAUCGGACAAGUCGUCAGACAAAUUUACGGUCAGUCUUGGAGGACAUCCAGUGGAAUUCGUUAUUGAUGUGGAUUUGUAUACAAGUGUCAUGAAUAAACCUAUUCGUGAAUUGAUUUAA